AAAAAAAAAAAGGUACCAAAACAAAAGGCAAAGGCAUUAGCCAUUAAGGCAAGAAUAAACUCCCGGCCAGCAGCAGGUAACAGCAGCAGCAACACAAGCUCCAAAGGCAGCAUGGUUUUCAAAGCACCUUAAUUUCGUUUAAUUUUCAGACACAGACACCCUAAUUUCGUUUCCUUUUCAGACACAUACACCCUUUUUGUUACCCUAUCUGAAUAGAAAAACAAUUGAGGCUGUUCUCCAAUAUUCUCACUCAUAUAACCCAAAUCACCAAAAUUUCUCAUUUAUAUACCCUUUUGUUUUUGUGAUUCUUUGGUGUCUCUGUGGAGUGAGAAGAAAGGAGAUGGCAGGAAUCAGUGGAGGGUUCGAGACAGAGGCUUGGAGAGCUCAUGCCUCCAUGGCGUUGGUGCAACUCAUCAAUGGAGGCUAUCAUGUAAUUACUAAAGUAGCCCUCAAUGUUGGCGUCAACCAGCUUGUCUUCUGCGUCUUCCGUGAUCUUCUUGCUCUCUCUCUUCUUGCCCCCGUCGCCUAUGUUCGUGAAAAAAGGAUUCGACCUCCUAUGACUAAACGACUCCUCCUGUCAUUCUUCUUUCUUGGGUUAACCGGGAUAUUUGGCAACCAGCUUUUAUUUCUCAUUGGUCUAAGCUACACAAAUCCAACCUAUGCUGCUGCCAUACAGCCUUCAAUUCCAGUCUUUACCUUUCUCUUGGCUGUAAUGAUGGGUACAGAAAGAGUGAAUUUGCUCAAAACUGAAGGUCAAGCGAAGGUUGGAGGUACCCUAAUCUGUGUUUCAGGUGCAAUAUUAAUGGUUCUGUUUCGUGGUCCAGCUUUGCUUGGACAAAAGAAUGCAGACUUUGCUGCACAAAAUGAAGUAAGUGCCAGGGGUCAACCAGAACCUGCUGGAUGGCUUAUGUCUAGUUUUCUUGAGUUUGGACUUGAACAUUGGCAUAUCGGAGUUUUAUGCCUGAUAGGCAACUGUAUGUGCAUGGCUGCUUUCCUGGCUAUUCAGGCUUCGGUUUUAGCCAAGUAUUCUGCCAGUAUUUCUGUCACAGCCUUUUCCUAUUUUUUUGGUGCUAUAUUGAUGGUAGCAACAUCCCUUCUUAUGACCAAUGAGUCAACGGACUGGAGUAUGACACAGUCUGAGCUUUUUGCGGUCUUGUAUGCUGGAGUUGUUGCAUCUGCGCUUAACUAUGGACUCCUGACAUGGUCGAAUAAGAUCUUGGGGCCUGCUUUAGUUGCUCUUUAUAAUCCACUUCAACCUGCAGCAUCAGCUUUUCUGUCCAGGAUUUUCCUUGGAAGUCCAAUUUAUUUGGGAAGUGUUAUUGGGGGAUUUCUAAUAGUUGCUGGUCUAUAUAUGGUCACUUGGGCAUCCUACAGGGAAAGACAUAAUUCUAUGGGGAUGAUGGCUCAGGUUGUUCGGUCCUCUGAACCACUCAUUCACAAAGAUGCAUUAAUUAACAACAACCCUUGUCAGAGAGGACACAUUUUCUCGGGGACAUCUGCCUUAUUACCAAAAUCCAGUGAUUAACUAUGUAAUCAGAUGUGAUGUAAAGUUCCCAUGAGCUCCUAUCAACAGGUACAUUUUAUAAGAUCAAAUGGUGUCACGAGGCAUGUCAUUGUCAACUUUGAUGCGUAUGCAUAGCAAAAGAGAAAAUCAUUAAAUACAACUUCAAUAGGCAACAUAGGACAUGCUGGGGAUUUCCCCCUUGUUCUUGGAAACUCAGUUUUGCACAUUUUUAUGAUUUGUACACUUGAUGCAAUAAAUUAGUUUAUUGUAUUCAAAUAUUUGCCUAAUUCCAAUGGCAAAUUUUGUUAUGAACACAAUGCAUGGACACUUAUUCUUCUGUCUCAGCCCUCUUUGACAAGAAGUUUUUUAAGUUGGUCCGUCAUAGUGGAACAUGAUUUCAGAGCUUUUCUUUGGCAGUUCACUGAUCCUUGAGAGCGUGAUUAGGAUUUUUCAGGUUGUGAAUGGUUAAUAGGCCAUUGCAUUGCCAUUUAAAGAAAGGAAGACUCAAAAUUUUUCCUCAAUAUUAUUCCACUUUCACUUGUCCAAUAAUUCGUUGAUUGACUGCAGCACUUGAUAAUGUACUGGAGAAGGGUAGGGAUUUUUGUGAAAAACAAUGGGAAGUGGCAAAAAACAGUGUUGCUCCAUAGCCCCGUAUUGAACAGUACUGCUUUUGAGCACCAUAAAUACUAUCACUGUUCAGAGAGGGCCUGCAUAUCACCGAUAAUCAACUUGUCGUUGGUUCUGGAAGGAGUAUUACAUGGACAAUGGGUGUUGCAUCGCUGGAAGCUGGGGA